CUCGACAUUCGUUGCAAGCAAACUGAUCUCCUCGUCUUCUAUCGACUCCACGUCGACUUCUCUAUUUUUUCUAUUUCAGCCAGUUGUCUGCCGAACCAGUUUCAAUGCGCAACUGGCCGCUGCAUAUCGGCUGCUUGGGAGUGCGACGGAGAUAACGACUGUCCGGACAGCAGCGACGAAACUGGAUGCACGGGCCGUCGCCGCUGCACGUCGAGUCAGUUCACGUGCGCUAACGGCAACUGCAUUCACGGCAGUUGGCGCUGCGACGGCGACAAUGACUGUGGAGAUCGGAGCGACGAGUCAAAUUGCCCCGUGAAGAACUGCACGCAGUAUGAGUUCAGGUGUGCAGACGGAAGUUGCAUCAGAGCGAGUUGGAGAUGCGACGCAGACAACGAUUGCUCGGAUAAGUCUGACGAGAUCGGAUGCGGUGUGAUUACUUGUGCUCCUAACGAGUUUCGCUGCACAGCAGGAGGUUGCAUUGCAGGCAGUUGGGAGUGCGAUGGAGACAGAGACUGCUCUGAUGGAUCAGACGAGAAGACAUGCCCGACAGUAACCAGUUGUACUGCUGGUCAGUUUUGGUGUGCUACUCAAAAGUGCAUUUCAAGCUCGUGGAAGUGUGAUGGCGAUAAUGACUGUGGAGAUAAUUCCGAUGAACAAGGCUGUAGUACACAAUCACCUCAGUGCGGACAGAAUGAGUUCCAGUGUGUAGGAACAGGAUUCUGUAUUAGCACUGCGUGGCGAUGCGACGGCGACGACGACUGCGGCAACCUUUCCGAUGAGAAAAAUUGCUCGUGUGCCAGUAAUGAAUUCCGGUGUACCAACAAAAAGUGCAUCAGUAAUCUCAACCAUUGCGAUGGCACCGAUAACUGUGGCGAUGGAUCAGACGAAUUGAACUGUCCUACAAGGAUCCCAGUGACUGUGCCCUGUAAUCACCGAGAGUUUAGGUGUAACGAUGGUCAAUGUAUUGAUGAUCAGAAAGUGUGUGAUACGAAUAUGGAUUGCAGUGACAAGAGUGAUGAAGCUCCAAUCAGAACAUGUCUCCCAUCUGGUGUCACAAAAGACGAAUGCCAACAAAACAAAGGCGGCUGUCAACACAAAUGUGUCGACACGAAGCACAGCUUCCACUGCACUUGCCAUGCAGGAUACCAACUGAAUGCAGACCAUUUGACUUGCUCAGGUUCCUUGCUCGUCUCAGUCGUUUGCGAUAUCGACGAAUGUACACGAUCAAGUCCAUGCGUUCAGCUAUGUAAGAAUACUGUCGGCUCGUUUCAAUGUAGCUGUGAAAAAGGCUACAAGCAGGACGGCGUUCGAGGUUGUGUUGCUGAUGAUAACACCGGAUUUCUUCUCUUUGCCAAUCGACUCGACAUCCGUAGAUACAAUCUCGAUCAUUCAGAAUUUGUUAGCAUCGCCCCGAAUUUAGCGAACGCCAUUGCUCUUGAUUUUCAUUACGCAAAGGGCAUUUUCUUCUGGACGGACGUCACGUUGGAUGUUAUCAUGCGAGCGAACAUCAACGGGUCGGGAAGCGUUGUGAUUGUUAGUCAGGGACUGGAGAGUCCAGGAGGGAUAGCAGUUGAUUGGAUACACGAUCGUCUCUACUGGAGUGACUCCGGAAAUCAGCGUAUUGAAGUGUCUGACUUGGAUGGGGAGAACCGGAAGGUCAUCGUUUUGGAACAGAUUGACAAGCCUCGGGCAAUUGUUUUAGACCCGUGUACGGGUUGGAUGUAUUGGUCAGACUGGGGAGCGAGCCCUCGCAUUCAACGAGCGUAUAUGGAUGGAAGGAAACAACAGGUUCUUGUUAAUUCAUCAAUAUAUUGGCCAAAUGGAUUGACCAUUGAUUAUAUCACAAAUCGAUUGUUUUGGGUCGAUGCUAAGUUUCAUACUUUAGAAUCUAUAUCUGUCGACGGUUCUAAUCGUCGUGCAAUCAUUCCAUCAGGUUUGUCCCACCCGUUUGCCAUCACCAUGUUUGAGAAUCGUCUCUAUUGGACCGACUGGCACUCGAAGUCGAUCAACAGUUCGGAUCUGGACGGACAGAAUCUUCGCACGGUGAAAGAGAAUCUCUAUUUUCCAAUGGAUAUACACGUACAUCAUCAUCUCAGGCAGAAAACAUGUCCUAAUCGUUGUGCUGGCAAUAAGUGUGUCGAUUUGUGUCUUCCGUAUCCAGAUGAUAGUACGGGCGGAACGUAUUCGUGUGCUUGCAAGACGGGAUACAAACUGUUGUCGGACAAGACAAGCUGCUCUGAUUUUUAUGACUCUUUCUUGCUGUUUGCUCGUCGUUCUGACAUUCGUACGAUCUCAUACGAUACGAACAUCCAGGCCGACGUCAUUCUCCCACUACAAGGCGUUCGGAGUGCCGUCGCCAUUGACUUCGAACCAACUUCUAACCAGAUCUUCUGGACAGACGUCACGUUGGACACAAUCAGCAAAGCAAGCGUGAAUGGCAAGGGACAGCAGCUGAUGAUAUCAAACAGCCUUGACAGCCCUGCAGGACUCGCUGUUGACUGGAUCACUGGAAAAGUUUACUGGACUGAUGCUGGAACGGAUCGUAUUGAAGUCUCAAACAUCGAUGGUACGUACCGCACGGUCGUCAUCUGGGAGCAUCUCGACAGACCGCGGGAUGUGAUCACUGAUUCUCUCGAUGGGUACUUGUAUUGGACGGACUGGGGAACGAAUGCAAAGAUUUCGAGGUCGCAUCUAGAUGGAACAAACCAGGAGAUUCUCAUCAAUUCGUCUCUUGUUUGGCCGAAUGGAUUGACUAUUGACAGUAGUAAACCGAAGAAGCGUCUCUAUUGGGCGGAUGCUGGGAAGAAAUGGAUUGAGAGUGCGUUUGUUGAUGGGAAUGACAGACGAAAGCUGCUCUCGUUCCAGUUGCCACAUCCGUUUGGAAUCACUCUGCAUGGUCAGAUGCUAUACUGGACAGAUUGGCAGACGAAGUCGAUUCAGAAAGCUAAAGUCGAUGGCACUGGACAUACAACCGUACGAGACAAUCUCGACAAUCUGAUGGACAUUCACUUCUAUGAUCGACAACAACUGGCAAGCGAAAAGAAGUCGGCGUCCAAUCCGUGUAAGAAGAACAACGGAGGAUGCAGCCAUCUGUGUGUGUUGAAGCCGGGCAAUCAGAGGUCUUGCCUGUGUUCGACCGGUUUGAAGAAAACGUCGGCUACAGCAUGCGCUCCACGUAUGGUCAAGUUCUUAGUGUUUGCAAUGCGAGAGACGAUUCGACGCAUUUCGUUGGACGUGCCGUACUAUGCUGACAUCGUGCUGCCAAUCACCGGACUCCAGAAUGCGGUAGCAUUAGACGUGGAUCCAAAGACAGGUUCUGUGUACUGGACUGAUGGGCAGAGGGACACCAUAUCAAAGGCUUUGGUUGACGGGACCAAUCAAGCCGACGUAAUCACAACCGGCGUCGCAACACCUGAUGGUGUGGCUAUAGAUUAUGCAUCCAAGCUGAUCUACUGGACAGACACAGGAACUAAUAGAAUCGAAGUUGCUUCAUUGGAUGGGGUCCAUCGCCGUGUGCUCUUCUGGACGGGUUUGGAUAAUCCGAGAGCAAUUGCCUUGGAUACAGUAGCCGGAUAUGUCUACUGGACUGAUUGGGGCACAGAUCCUAAGAUCGAGAGAGCGUCAAUGGACGGUCUCGAUUCAUCACGCGAGAAAAUCGUUUCCUCCAAUUUAGGAUGGCCAAACGGACUCGUCGUUGAUCACGCCGAGGACCGACUAUAUUGGGCCGAUGCCAAAACCGAAAUGAUUGAGUACGUCAGGCUGGACGGUUCGGGCCGCAAGAAAUUGCUCAUGAAUAUUCCUCAUCCGUAUGGGUUGACGGUGCUGGGUGACAAGCUGUACUGGACUGAUUGGCAAGAGAGGUCUAUACAGAUGGUAUCGAAGUUAGACGGCAGCAAUAAGAUGACAGUACGAGGCAACCUGCCCGGUUUGAUGGACAUUCAUGCUGUUGAUUUGUCUGCAACGACGGCGAGCAGUCCGUGUGCCCGAAUGAGCUGCUCGCAUUUGUGUUUGCCGCAGACAACGGCCACGGGUGUUGUUGGAGUCUGUAAGUGUCCGACUGGAAUUGUUGCAGUUGGCAAUACGUGUCCACAGUAUCCGAACAAGUUCCUAAUUUUUUGUGCUCGUACGAGCGUUCGACGAAUAUCGCUCGAGGCUCCCGAUCACUCAGACGUCGUCCUCGUGCAGUACCUUCGUAAUGCCAUUUCUGUCGACUUCCACUGGCAUUCAAAACGCAUGUACUGGAGUGAUGUGGCAUCCGAUGUCAUCAUGAGUGCCAACUUCGAUGGUUCGAAUCAGCAGGACGUCAUCAAGGGAAACAUUUCUACACCCGACGGUAUUGCUGUUGAUUGGAUUGCCGGCAACAUUUACUGGACAGACACCGGGACAGACAAGAUUGAGGUGGCAAGGCUUAAUGGUAUCCACAGAAAGGUGAUUGUAUCUCAGAAUUUGGAUGAACCGAGAGCCAUAUGUCUCUUUCCGAGAAAAGGCCUGAUGUAUUGGAGUGACUGGGGACGACAUCCGAAGAUUGAGAUGGCAGGCAUGGACGGCAGCUAUCGCCAAACGAUCAUCACCUCGGGACUCGGUUGGCCAAACUCAUUAGCUAUUGACUAUAACACCCGACGUCUCUUCUGGGCCGAUGCGAAACUCAACGUCAUCGAAUCUUCUGAUCUACUGGGAAACAAUCGAUUAACACUUGUGGACAGUACGCCACAUCCAUUCGGUCUGACGACACACAACUCGUACAUUUAUUGGACAGACUGGCAGACUCGGUCUGUGUCUCGAGCGUCGAGUGUUGACGGAUCGAACGAGAAAGUACUACAGGACAAUAUACAGGGUCUUAUGGGCAUCAGGGUGGCUACCAAGGAUCUACAGGCUGGUAGUAAUGCCUGUGGUAGCAAGAAUGGUGGCUGCAGUCAUCUGUGUCUGGUGAGGCCAUCUGAUCAGAGUAAACUGACAAAGAGCACGCCUGUUGCUGUGUGCGAAUGUCCGGAUAUCAAGGAUACGAAUUGUGUUGCAGCUGGUCGAGUAAUCACCGCAGCACCGCAGCCUUCCACACAUCCACCAGCCACACCAGCUGCAUCUACCAGACAUUCAACAAGGAAACCACCCGCUGUCUCAGUAUCGACUGUAAACGUAAAACCAGGAGACACCUCCAAACCCAAAACACCAGCAUCCAGCACUAUUGCAAAUCCUCCAGUGACGAUCAAGUUUAUUACUGAGGCACCGCAGACGCAAGAACCAGGAAAGACACAAGAGCCAAUCAGGACAACAACUGAACCGGGCAUUGUCAUCGUUCCUAAAGCUCAGAGCGGAAGUGGCAUCGGGACGGGAGGAAUUGUGGGCAUCGUUGUCGGCUUUCUUGUCAUCAUUUUGAUCCUUGUUAUUAUUGUUGUUGCUGUGACGUGGUACAAGAACAGAUUUGCUGGUGGGUAUGAUGUGAGUGAGCAUGCCGGAUUUAGGAACCCGAACUUUGCAUCUCAGGACGGUAGCUCGGGAACACCAAAUAAUGCUAAGGCGCAGGUUCUCCAAGGUACGAUGGAUGUGUCAAACCCAACUUACGGCAUCCCAACCAAGUCCGCGAUUCACAUUGAAAAGUCAAAGGUCAAAUACGAGAACACGAAGCAUCCAACUGAAACGGCGCUGUAACUCGGAUUAGAACGGUUAGUUGGAGUUUAUGCUGCACACGCCAGUAGGUUAAAGUAGCAACUAAUCUUCGGUAUCAAGAGACUUUAAUUGAAUGUGAGGGUUUCUAUAUGUUGUCAGCCGAUCGCCCAGUGUAGUUCGUAGAUGUAUCUAGCUUUUGUCAUUAUUAACAUAGAUUUGAAGGAGUUAGUGUGUUUGUAAUUUAUCAAGAUUUAUGAAGCUGGCAAGCUGAAUGAA